UUUCGAGAGCACCUCCGCGGUCGGCCACCGGAGAUCCGAUUCAUUAGUUCUAAUUACUCACAUACCGGGCUUGAUCAAUCCACAGCUGAUCCCCAUUUCAUCUCCCUCUAUUUAAGCUACACGCAGUCACACACUCGGGGCGAAGUCUUGUUUGUUCCGGCUACACUACUGAGCGUUCUUCUACCAUUCCUGUUUGAUUAUCUGCCUACCGACCCUGCUUUCCCUGUUGACUACGAUUGAUUACUGCCUGCCUACCUGAACCUUGCCUGUCUCUUCAUGAUUGCCCAUAGCUGCCUGCCCUGACAUCCUGCUUCCCUCACAACGCUCCUGCUCUGCCUACGUUUGCCCUGAUUCCCCAUUGCCUGACCAUUGCCUGCAUAUAUCUGUGAGUUUCAAUAAAACACUGUUUAUGGAUCCCAGCCUACCUGAGUCUUUGUUACAAAGACGUUCCAAUGUGUGCCACUCUUUUAGAAUAGAUCUCUACAGUGCACCCGUGCAGAGAGGGGAGAAAGCCGCUGUAAUACUCCUUAUGUAUACAGCAGAAGUGAAUGGAAGCCGUGGGAAUUCAGCUCGCUUAUUUCUCAAUGAAAUAGCGACUGCUCGGCUCCGAAGAGAAAAUCUGAUUGAGUGGUAAGCACGCCCCCUCCUUUAUAUCCCUAUGUCUGGGGGAGUGGCAUGCAAAUACCACUCACCAAUUCCCAUUGGACUUUUAUAAAAGAUCAGAAGGUGUCUCGGGCUCCCAAGAGUGACGCCUAUUGUCACUACAUUGUCACAACGUCGAGUGAGUGACAGACAGGGAAAAAUAUUUAUUAUGCUUUAAGGGUUAUGAAUAUGAACAUGGGAUUAAGGUUAUUUCCAUAUUCAUGCACCAUGACAUUUGGGUUAUUAUUACAUCAUUUUAUAAUCAACUGUAUGUCAAUGACAAAUGUAAUUAUAACAAAUUAUAAAGUAUAUAUAAUUUGUUAUAUAUACUGUAUAUAUAACAAAUUAUAUAUACAGUAUAUGGAUGGCCAUAUUACUAAAUUAAGGGUUUCAAACCUUUGUAAUACAUAGCCAAUAAAGUAAAGAUACAGCUUUAAGGGAAUAGAAUUACAGUCCACUUUACCUGAACAAAAUAAAUAAUGGAUACAAGCCCACAGGUAAUACUAGAUCUCUGAGGUUAGUGCUCUGUGUGAAUAUGGCUGAAACUGUUCGGGGUGGCUCUAUUUAUCUUAAAUGAUCCUUUAAUGAAGAAAAAGGCUACAUUAUGAGUCAUGAAUGCAACUUCUACACAUUAUGAUGGUAGGUGUGUUUGUCUAAAAUCAUCUAAAUCCAAUUUUCCAUAAAAAAAAAAAUAUUUUUAAAGAUGUUGCCGUUUCUGCUUGAUCGUAUUUCACAGAAUGAUACAUUCGAAAUGGCUUCAAAAAGAGUUUUACAGUGAGAUGAGCAAAAAAGACUCAGUAGUCACAUUCAGAUUCAGUAACUGAGAACAUCAUCUCUCUCAUUACACUAAUUGAACCAUGAGGAAGAGGAAUGACCAAGCUCUGGGAAAAUAACAUAUAUAAGAUACGAUACAACUGAUGGAUUAUCUACAAAAAAGAAAACUUUCUUUUCUUACUAUUGGAUUAAUAUUUCUUUUGAGCGGCGUGGAAUAUGCUGUCAUUCUACCUACAAUAUGGAGAUAUCUGCAGUUAUUAGAGGCACCACCCUAUUUUCUCGGCUUGGGUCUGUCUGCGUUCAGCUUCAGUGGACUGGUGACAGGUCCAGUGUUUGGCCAUUGGUCUGACAAAACCAGAACUACAAAGACAAUCAUCCUUUUCUCCAACAUUUUUGAAAUCGUGGGAAACUUUAUGUAUUUCAUGGGAUAUUCAAAAUGGCUUUUGUUGUCCAGUCGUCUGGUUGCAGGUAUCGGAGCGGGAGCUGGUUCCUCCAUCUUUGGGUUCCUCACAAGGACUACCCUUCCUGAUGAGCGAGCGAAAGUCUUUGCUGCUGUCAUGGCCUGCCGUCAGGCUGGACUUCUGAUUGGACCAGCCUUCAAUAUCUUUCUGAGGUUGUGUGAUUUUAAACUGGGCCCAUUUGUUGUAAACAAGUAUACCUCACCUGGGCUCUUCAUGUGCGGGAUGUGGCUGCUCAUGCAGUUAGCAGUGAUGGUCCUGUACUGGGACAUCCCACCACUAGACUCCAUCUCUGAGCAGAACACCCCCCUUAGAGAGGUCAGAGGUGAAGAGGAAGAGGAGCCUCUCAUGAGUCUGGAAGAUGAAGACAGAGCCUUAGGAGGAGAAUCGUAUGGAUCGGUCAACCCCGAACAGGCUGAGACCCAGCUCUCAUCCGAACUCCCACCUUCUCCUCCCGAUUCCCCCCCUACAGCUACUUCCGACCCCUUUGAAAACUUCAGUGCAAGCCAAGAGUUUCUCAGGGAGGAGGUAGUGGUUCUCCUGACCGCUCAGUUCAUCACGCUCUUCAAUCAGACAGCACUCGAGACCAUGGUGACACCUCUUACGCAGAAGUACUUUGGCUUUGGUGAGCUGGGGAACAGUGUGAUGUACAGCCUGUGUGGGGUGGAGGUAAUUGCAGGUUUCUUCCUGGUGCGCUGGCUGAGUCAUGUGCUGGAAGACCGGGUGGUGUUGGCGGUGGGGCUGGUCAUCUGCAGUGGAGCUUGUGUCUGGUGCCUCAUUUUCCUGGCCAACCCACAGGGUGGUUUUGCAUUUGAGUUGAUGGAGUUCAUCACUGGAGUGUUUCUGCAGUUACUGGGUCUUCCAUUUGUGGCCGUGUCUCAGGUGUCCCUCUUUUCUAAAGUUACAGCUGAAAAGACACAAGGCUUUAGUCAGGGUGUGCGGCGUUCAGUCGGUGGUCUUGCUACCAUCCUGGGUCCCCUGUGGGCAGGUGGUCUAAUAGGAAAUCUAUACGUGAUGCUGGGUAUGAUGAUGUUUCUACUGACCCUCAUCAUGAUCAUGAUGGUGUUGUCCUAUGAGAAGCUGGUGGAGCCGCCCAGAGUUGAGCACGCACAGGACUCAGAGAAUGGAGGAUAGAGACCACCCUUCCCUUUACAGGACACCGAGCCAGAGCCCCUCUCUCUCUGCGGUCUGUCUGCCAAAAUUUAGUGCUCGUGUGGGGCUGUACAGAGCAGAUGCUGAAACAGUGGGAGAUAAGAGGUCCUGCCAGGCCCAGCAGACCACAAACAGCAAGAAGGGCAUACACGCACACAUUACACACACAUAUUACUUUUGGCACAGCAUCUAAUUAAUUCUGUCAUCAUAUUUUGGGUUUAUGCUGCAGAUUUUGGCAUUCUGAAUUAAAAUGUAUGUAAUUUUCCCCUUAUGUCUAACUUAAAUUAGCACCUCUAAAGCACAUUUUUAUCAUAUUUACCGUGAGUCUUUUUUAUGAAAAUAUAUUAAACAUAUUUCACUUGAAUAUCUGCUAACAAUUGUGUGAUCUAGUGGUUCUCAAAUGAUGGGUUGCAGACAGCAAGGAAAAAAACAUGAUAAAUGCAAAUAAUACACUGUCAGUAUAAUCGCACAUUGUGAGGAUAGCAAUAUAAAUGUGUUUAUUAAUUAUAAAAAGGACGAGAAAACUGUUCCUGUAUCUUACAUUGAUGACGUUGAUGUCAAAGGUUGUGCAUCUAAUCAAACACAUCAUUGUGGCACAAUUCAUCUGUCACUUGGUAGAAGCUAGCCAAAUUAGGCAGAUAGCAACAUGGACAUCAAAAACCAUGCACAAAACUACACUUUUUUUGUCAAUUUCUGACCACGACCCAGACUAUUUAAAAAAUUGGUUCGCUUGCAAUGAGGAUAAACAUGGUUUGUGUCGACCGCAAUGUGUUUUGUACUUCUUGGUAGUUCAUAGUAAUAAUUUAGUAAAAAAUCUCAAUGUUUUAUUUGACAUACAUUGCUCACGUUUGUACUGUAAAACAUUUGAGUUUUUCUUCCAAUGUAAAAUCUGGAAUUAAA